AUUUAUCAAAUUACAGUCUCCAAAGUUCAUAAAGUUGUCAUAAACACCUUUAUUUUAACAUUUUAUACUAAAACUAAACAGUCCUUUUUACUCACCUGUGCAGCUGAGUGAUACUUCACAACUUCCGGAAUAGCUUCCGCGUUGAGCCCGUUCUGCGCAUGUGCUUGACGACUUACCGACUUCCGGUAUCUGAGUGUCAUUCCAUUUGUAAAUCAUGGCACAGGUCCACAAACGAACACACGACCUCGGUGACAGAAAGUUGUCAGCUGAAGGAGCGUCCUCCAAACCCAAACCAGCCACAUCCGGGGAUAAUGGAGUGGUUUUAAAGCUGCUGGCAGCGGCGUUUUACGGAGUCAGUUCAUUUCUUAUCGUGGUUGUAAACAAAAGCGUCCUCACCAACUACAGAUUUCCAUCAUCAACAUGUGUUGGAAUUGGCCAAAUGCUGGCUACAGUCGUAGUACUGAGAACUGGAAAGAUGUUGGGUGUUAUCUCAUUUCCAGAUAUGGAUUUAAGUAUUCCACGGAAGAUGUUUCCUCUGCCUCUUCUCUACGUUGGAAACCAGAUAUCAGGACUGUUUGGGACACAGAGACUCAAUUUACCCAUGUUCACAGUCCUGAGGAGGUUCAGUAUUUUACUCACCAUGGUGUUUGAGGGAAUCCUGCUCAAGAAGACAUUCUCUACUCCCAUAAAGACCACUGUGUUUACGAUGAUUUUUGGUGCUUUUAUUGCUGCGAGCUCUGAUCUGGCCUUCGACCUGGAGGGAUAUAUAUUUAUAAUGUUAAAUAACGUCCUGACGGCGGCCAGCGGGGCGUACAUGAAGCAGAAACUGGACUCCAAGGAGCUCGGCAAAUACGGCCUUCUGUACUACAACGCUGUGAUUAUGAUUCUCCCAACUGUGGCCUACGCUUACUAUGUCGGCGAGUUGCAGAAGGGUUUGGACUUCGCUGGAUGGACUGACGUGCUGUUUGUUGUGCAGUUUGUGCUUUCCUGUGUCAUGGGGUUUAUUUUAAUGUAUUCCAUCAUGGUUUGUACUCAGUACAACUCAGCGCUCACCACCACCAUAGUGGGCUGCAUCAAGAACAUCCUGGUGACCUACAUUGGGAUGGUGUUCGGGGGGGACUACAUAUUCACCUGGACUAACUUCCUUGGUCUAAACAUCAGCAUCGCCGGUAGCCUGGUUUAUUCCUACAUCACCUUCACACAGGAGCAAACGAGUAAGAACAGUUGGAUUAAUGUGAAUCACAGUCGAUGCCCAAGGUAAUUAUUUGCAUCUGAUUUUAACAGAAAAGGCGUGAAUCUUCAAGUUUCAUCCUGACGAUCGACAUUCCACAUACAUGUUACAUCUGCCGCGGGAACACUGAGUGGAUACGGACGGAUUUGUUUAAACUAGUGCUGUCGAACGUUUAAAGGUUUGAAUCAGAUUAAUCACAGGGUUGCUGUUGAUAAAUUUCGAUUAAUCACGAUUAAAUAUCAUUAAUUUUUUAAUCUAUAUUAAUUGUUUCAUUUUACAUGAGCAAACAAACUCGAGAAAGAAGGAUAUAUAUAUGCACUUGUAUCUUUGUAACGGAUCAUCUGCUCAUUUGCACGUGACAGUAACUCUACUUGGACAAACUGCCCCAAAUGCAUCAUUCUGCAGUGCAUAUGGGUUAAUUGCGUUAAAAUUUUUAAUCGGCUUAAUCAUGAUGGAUUAAUCUGCGUUAAUUUUGACAGCCCUAGUUUAAACCAAUUUUUUUUAAAUUUUCAAUAGGUAAAACAUCAGUUUUUUUAAAGACAUAAUUAUUAACUGGUAAAUGUACUGUGAUUAUGAUAAAGUGCCUAAAUAUUUUAUAAUUUUUUAUAUCAAAUUUAAUCGUGGUAUUUUUAUACUUAAUGAAUAAAAAUUAAGUUUCACAUUUUUAUCGCAGUCUCUAUCUGUUAUCAGGAUUUCUGUUUUUACAAGUAAAUAGACUUUUGAAGACUGUUUUGUGCAGUUUGGAAACUCAUAACACAAGUCAAAUUUAUUAAUACAUUUAUUAAAUAUAACCAAUGUUAUUCCAUUCAUAGCCAGUCUUAGAAUACACUUCAUUUACAGAGGAAAAACAAAAGAGACGAUUUUCCAAACAAAAGAAAAGAAAGGACUACAUGGAUCGACUUUAUUUGAGACAAACUUAUCAUAAUUAUGACAGUUGGGAUACAAAGUAAAACACUUAGGUAUUAAGCUGCUACUGUACCAAAAAAAACAAAAUAAAACUAGGUCUUCCAGGUCACACUGACUACACCGUGGUGUAAAACUGCUGGAGUCCAGAACUGUGACGCCACGAACUGAUCAGAGACAGUUAAAGUUAAGCUGCACUGAAUCACAAAGAGCUUUUUACGGAUUAAACAAACAUUACAGAAUGAUAUGAGCGUAGGAAGGGCUGCCGAUGGAGGAGAAAAAA